GGCUGCGAGGUGAGAGGCCGAGGCGGGGCAAGGCUUUUGGACGCAGCACGGGCAGUUGCUUGAAAUCGCGGUAGGGGGAACGUGUGGUGCAAAACGGGUCCCCAACAUCGCGGCUCGCUUCCGGCGUCAUGGCUCAAAGGGCCUUCCCGAAUCCUUAUGCCGAUUAUAACAAAUCCCUGGCCGAAGGCUACUUUGAUCCUGCUGGGAGGCUGACUCCUGAGUUCUCACAGCGCUUGAACAAUAAGAUUCGAGAGCUUCUCCAACAAAUGGAAAGAGGCCUAAAGUCAGCAGAUCCUCGGGAUGGCACUGCUUACACUGGCUGGACAGGUAUUGCUGUACUUUACUUACAUCUCCAUGAUGUAUUCGGGGACCCUGCCUACCUCCAGAUGGCACAUGGCUAUGUAAAGCAGAGUCUGAACUGUUUAUCCAAGCGUUCCAUCACCUUCCUUUGUGGGGAUGCAGGCCCACUGGCAGUGGCUGCUGUGGUGUAUCACAAGAUGCACAAUGAGAAGCAGGCAGAAGAUUGCAUCACUCGGCUAAUUCACCUUAAUAAGAUUGAUCCCCAUGCUCCAAAUGAAAUGCUCUAUGGACAAAUGGGCUACAUCUAUGCUCUGCUCUUUGUGAAUAAGAAUUUUGGAAUGGAAAAAAUUCCUCAAAGCUAUAUUCAGCAGAUUUGUGAAACAGUCUUAACAUCUGGAGAAAACCUAGCUAAAAAGAGAAACUUCACAGCAAAGACUCCACUGAUGUAUGAAUGGUACCAAGAAUAUUAUGUGGGGGCUGCUCAUGGCCUGGCAGGAAUUUAUUACUUCCUGAUGCAGCCCAGCCUUCAAGUGAGCCAUGCAAAGUUACAUAAUUUGGUCAAGCCCAGUGUAGACUAUGUCUGCCAGCUGAAAUUCCCUUCCGGCAAUUACCCUCCUUGUGUGGGUGACACUCGAGAUCUGCUAGUCCACUGGUGCCAUGGUUCCCCUGGAGUAAUCUACAUGCUCAUCCAGGCCUACAAGGCGUUCAGGGAAGAACAGUAUCUCCGUGAUGCCUAUCAGUGCGCAGAUGUGAUCUGGCAGUACGGGCUGCUGAAGAAGGGGUAUGGGCUGUGCCACGGCGCUGCAGGAAAUGCCUACGCUUUCCUGACGCUGUAUAACCUCACGCAAGACAUGAAGUACCUGUACAGGGCCUGUAAGUUUGCUGAAUGGUGCUUAGAUUACGGAGAACACGGAUGCAGAACACCUGACACUCCUUUCUCCCUCUUCGAAGGAAUGGCUGGAACCAUAUAUUUCCUGGCUGACCUCCUAGUGCCUUCGAAAGCCAGGUUCCCUGCAUUUGAACUAUAAAAGGCAAGCCUGCCCCCAGCAACUCACUGCAUGACCCUUUCUGUAUAUCAAACCUGAGCUAAGUGCUGUCAUUGCUUUUCAAGGAAACAGAGUCAGACUGUGUACUUGAUUUAGUUGGGGUUUUUUUUUUUUUUCAGAAUUUGUCUUUAGUUCAGUUCUUUUUCUUUAUCAUUUACUUUUAUUUUAAAAUACCCAAGGAAAUCUUUUAACUUCAGUUUCUUCCUAAAGGGAGUUUGAUAUGUACAGUAUUUUGAGGGCAUAUGUAUAUAUAUUUCAGAAGUUGGAGGAAAUCUUACUCUUAUUUAAGCUUAUGAAUAUAACUAUCUGUUACUGUUCUAAAAAUGUUUAAAAGAAACUAAAUGUAGAUAAACAAUGUGAAAUACACGAUUAUUGUCAAACAUUGCCCUCUGCCUCUGCUCUUUAGUAUUUUUUCUCCAACAGGACAGUUUUAUGACUUUGCUUUUCUUUAGGUGGUUGAUUAUGAAAGGGGACAAAAAGUAACUAUAUGCUCCCAGGACAAAAAUUGCCAGAGUUGUAAACUGUGCUAGGGACCUAAAUACCAUUUUUCAAAUUCACAGUGUUUGUUUAAACUAGAGAUAAACGUACUUCAGACUUGCUUCUUUUUGUUAAUAAAGCAUCCAGGCUCUAGCCAACAUUUUUAUCAAAAACUUUUAAAAUGCAAUGGUCAUUGUGAAAGUUCUGAUUUAGAGAUUAAUUCAAGAUAAGCUAACAAUAAUAGUUUAUUGUUUUCUCUAAAAUAAGCUGUUUUAUUUUGGAACUAUCUAUUUAAAUUUGUUCUCUUGAAUUAGUAUAAGAUCAGCAAACCAGUGUUAUGUGUGUGAAUAUGUCGUGACCUAGGAUUAGCACCCACCCUGUCUGACUGACUUUCUACACUUUGACUUGUGUUUUACUUAUUUUGCAGUGACUAUGUUUUAGUGCUGGCUGUUUGAUAGAAGCCAUAUUUUCCUUCCUGUCAAUUUCUCCAGACAUUGGUCUUUUCACUAACAGUACAGCACUCUACUUCUCUUUAAAAGGCAGGAUGGAUGCCGUGUAUAUGUGUGUAGCCAUUAACUUGAACAAAAACACUAAGCUUUUGAUAGAAAUCUAAUGAUCAUGCUUAGAACAAAUGAAUCCUGCCUCUUUGCAUAUGUUAGGCUUAACAUUCAUCAAUUUCUGAGCCCUCAGAAUCGGAUAUUUACAUAGUAGAUGUAGAAUGCCUGAUGUUUCAGAUUCUCUACAAAUGUUUCGACUCAACAGCUCCCACUCCUCCCCCUUCCAUUGCUGCCUUUCCCAGGUUUGCUUUGUCUUUUGUAUAUGUUUUGACUAAUUUUAUAACAUUUUGCAGCUUUAAAAAAAACAGGGUCUAAGAAUUUUAAAUGUGCCUAUUUCACAGCUCUCUCAGUCACAAAAAUGUGCUAUUUUUAUUGGAAUUUGAAUCAAAUGCCCACUGAGCAUAUGUAGGUUCCUGAAGGUAGCAGUCCCUUAUUAUUUUCCACUUAGCACCAAAAUGGCUGAUAUUACUGGAAAUUGUCAGACCCUAUAAAGGCUACUGACAAUAGGAUCUAAAAAAACAGCCCACUGCUCAAAAUCGUAGGAUUAGCUUGUUCCUCUGUGACUUGUGCUGGUCAGAGACAAGCUCGUGCCUCUCAGAUUUCUGAAGUGCUGCUGAUAAGCUGUGUGUAAGUGCUGCCUUUCUCAUGAGCGUUUCAGAUCAACGGUGUCAGCAUUCACAGUAAAGCUGAUUGCCUUUGGCUGGGUGUCCAACUUGAAAGAAUAAAACUCAUUUGGUUUAACCAAAUGUCUUACUAUAAUGUGCCUGUACUUUUAGCUACUAUAGUUACUAAGGGAAAAAGAACAAAACACAUUUUCUGUUAUCCAGAAGAGACUUGAUCACAGUGCUUUUCCAAACAUCUUGAUUAAUUUAACCUCAGGAAGACUACAAGGCAGGGGGAAGAAAAUUUUGAAUGAAAUUCUUGUUACUAUUUGGAUGACUAUUUGGUUACUGCCAUCCAUUAACAAAUCCAUCAGUACAAACACAAUGCAGGUUCCGUUUUUUCUUUGGCUUUUUAGGACUUAUUAAACUGGCAAGAUUUUAUAUUUGUAGCAUUGUUUGGUUUUUUUAUGCUUAACAGCUAGGAAAGUCUGAUAGGAUUUUAAAUUUAGUCAAUGGCUAUAAACUAAGGCCAGUACCCUAACACCAUGGUAGAAACUGAAAGAAACUUUUACACUAACUUUCUUAGUUUUAAAAGGAAGAGGCAUCUUAAAUGAUAUUAUAUUUCUGUUAUAUCGUUUUCCCUCAUAUAUUUUUCUCUUUGGCAAAAUAAAUAAAUAAAUCCCAAAAGUUGCCUCCCAGAAAACUCAAUAGUUUCUUCUAUAUCCAUGCAAAGACUAGGUAGUAAAACCUUAAAAGCUUGUCAUAGUGUUCAUUUAUCCUGUCAUGUGUUUCUUUUCCUAUAGUGAUGAAAAAUUAUAGAGUUAACUUUUCAUCCUGGAACAAAUGUUAACAUUAUCAUAACUAUUUUGAUUGAUCCCAUUGAGAUUUGGUCUCAUCUGAUUUGUCAGUCUUUAAUCCUUAGAGUCAUUUGGCUCCUUUUUCAUCUUUGAUGUCAAUUCCAAUUAUUUGGCAUCAGAAGUCAUCACAGUGGGUAGAGUGUUAGGUGAAAGUGGAUCCAAGGCCAUUUCUUCUCCUUAUUAUCAUUUCCCUAUGUAAUUGAAUUGAGAGAGAUCCUCUGUUCCUAUGUCCUCAGGUUAAUUUGUGUCUUGUCUUAUGAUCCCUGCCUUCUACUAGCUGAUUUUGAAAUACAAAAUGUGGAGAGUAAACGUUUAUUUAUUUGCUCCUUUGGAUACUAGUACUUGUCUGUCGUCCUUUAUUACUCAUACUGAAUUCUGAUUCCGCUUCUACUUCCCUUUAAUAGGUCAGAGCACCUCUUUACUGGAUUACUAAACUGUAGAACUGUUUCUCUCCUAUAGGGAUAACAUACAGUAUUCAGGAUAUUCAAGGAACGCACCCCAAUUUUACAUUGCCAUUUGUUGGGAAGGGCUGAGACUGUAUGUAUUUCUGUAUUCUAUAAAGGAUUGACUUACUGAUUCUCAAUAAAAUUUUAUUAGGACUACA